UUCUGUUCCUUUUAUUCCCAUUUUCAUACUAUAAGGGUUUAUUAAAGCAGACUAAACGUUCAGGUAAUGUCUUGAGUGCAAAAAAAGCCGGUUCUAGCUGCAGAACCUAGUUCUGUCUCCCUUUCCAUGUGUCUGCUUUUUUUAGGGAGGGGAAUGAAGGACACGCCCACCUUAAUAAAGCCCGGACCUUCUCUUUUCCAAGCCAGACAAAAGAAGGAGAGGACGGCGAGCAGCGUCAGACAUCGGAGCACCUUGGAGACCGCGCACACACUCCGAACACAGCCGAACCUUUGCACGCUGCCUUUAUUGUCCAGGAGUCAGAAGCCCGGUGCACACGCACGCAGCGUUACAAUGAUGUCAUACCUGUGGAUUCUGCUCUUGGGAAGCUUGUUGGCCGGAUGUGCAAAAACACAAGAUGACGAGGCCCCAAUGGAGGACGCUACAGCCCCCGCAACCUUAAUGCCUGAUGGAGAGGUGCAAGGAGAACUAGAGACUGAUGGAGCAUCAGAGGAUACAGCAGAGAAAACUCUACCUGAGCCGACUGAAGCUGCAGCCCAUGAACAAGUGACUCCUGCUGAGGGAGAAGCAGAACCGGAGGCUCCUUCAGAGGCAGACCCAGAGCCAGGGGUUCCUGCUGAGGCGGACCCAGAACUAGAGGCUCCUGCAGAAGGAGAAACCGAACCAGAAGCUGCUGCAGAAGACGAACCAGAAUCUCCUGCAGUAAGAGAGGCAGAAACUGCUGCAGAAGGAGAAGGAGAAGCAGCAGCUCCUACAGAAGGAGAAGCAGAAGCUCCUACAGAAGGAGAAGCAGAAGCGCCUGCUGCUGAGUCGGAAGCUGCUACAACAACACAGGGACCUCCAGCUGAUCCAGAUGUGAAAGAUCCGGAAGCUGAGCCACACGUUCCCAAUGUGGAUGAGCAGCCUUCUGCCAGUACUGAUGCACCACCUGCACACGAGGAGGGUGGAUCUGAAGUGGAGGCCACAGCAGGAACGGCUACAGCUGUGCAGCAUGAAAAGGAUGAGUCGGCUGAUGUGGGCCUCGAGGAAGAGGCGGUGGCAAACAUUGACACAGAAUUAGAGGUCCCUACAGUUAAAGCGGCACCCCCUGCUCCAGAAGUUCACUCAGAUGGAGGAUUUAACUUGGAGGAUGCUCUGUCCAAAGGCGACGCACAGGACACGCCACGGCAAUCAGGGCGGAGCCGCAGUGCGGGAUCAGGGGCGCAUGUUGCUGAAGCCACAGGAGAAGAUGCCGAAGGGGAAGGUGAAAAAACAGGGAGGAAGCCAGCAUUCAAAAUGUUGCAUGAAACCAACUCAGGUUCCUUGGCGGCAAUCUUGUGUGCACUGGGUGUGGCCAUUGUGGGAGCAGCCACUGGAUAUUAUACCUACCAGAAGAAGAAACUGUGCUUCAAGAAUAUGCAAGAGGAGGAUCCAGAGGCCGCACGCAAAGCUGACACAGCGGAGGCUCAAUCAGAUCCUCAGGUCCUUAGCAACCUACUGAACUCCUCAUAGAGCGGCCACGAUCAUGUGACUGGACCUGGACCAAGCACAGUCAAGCAAAGUGGCGAUCUCACUGUAGGCUCUAUCCACUGUGGAGCUGCAUUACUGUGAGGCCCCAAAGUGGGGCUGUGUGUGCGUGUGUGUGCGUGCGUGUGUGUGUGUGGGUGAGGGUAAAGUGAAAAGAAACUUGUGAGGUUAACAACAAUCGGCCAGACUUUAUACUUUAAUUAACAGCAGUUUACCUAAAUGUUAUUUUAGAAAUGAAUGAAUGAUAUAUUUUGGACUCCCUUCUAUUUGUAGGAACUUUUCUUUUUUAACUGUUGUCUUUUUUUAUACUUAUUCUGCCAUUGUAUCUAUCUAUGUGACAGGGUUGAUCUAUUUCAAACCAGCCACCAUAUCCACAAUCAACUCCACUGAUUAAAGCAAUGUUAAAAAGCAAUGUAGUUAGUUACCAGCUCCCUUAACAAACGUCAAUACCAACGCAACCCAAAAUACCCAAAACAACGGCAUGCAAAGCACACUGCCACAAUGCCCAAGUUGACGGGCAUCUGUAAAGCACCAACAACUGAGCGGAGCACAAUUAGUUAGUAGAUGGACAACAGGGUGCCUUUGACAAACUGCAAUAGAUUAGGAUGGGGCUGAUUGUAGCGUCCUGUGUCCUAAAUACAAUCAUUUUCAAACCUAACUUGAGCUACCUGUAUGUUUAAAAGCAAAAUAAAUACAUUUUUAGUUCCUAGUUUUUGGUCUGCUGGGAGGAUCACUCUGCAACAUUUUGUAAACCCCUGGGGGGUGUACUGCGAAGCCAGUUUAGUGGGUUCGUGAGGUCUGUUGAGUCUAAAGCCUGACUUGCCUGUACUACGACGGUGUCUCUCUUUUAAAGAGGCUAUACCAGCGUGGUAACUUCGGCUAAACUCAACCAGGUUAUGUCCAGACUUUCAGCUUUAAAUUUGCUACGAAAGCGCCGCUCUUUCACCGUGUAACUCAUUCGGAAAUGACGCCACCAUUUAUUGAGAAUUCGGUGGACAUGGGAGCAAGAAUAAUUCGGGCAGCACUACAACGGGAGCGGCUACUUCAAGAUCAUUCGAUUUUAAGACGAGGGAAUACUCUAGAUUUGCUCACUUUUUGAGCCGAGCAUUAGGAGUAAACCGCAAAAUGAAAUAUUAAUUAGGCCAAUGUUAGCAGACGUAUAUGUCACAGCAGUCCUUGUGCGAGUGCUCAGCCCGUUAGUCUUCUUAUAUUACAAUAUAUGCUGGUGGAGUAAUCACUGCAAGGCAUUAAUCAACUGUGCAGUAAUUCAGUGCAGUAAAAUACGAAAACGAGACAGUUGCUGCUCCAGUUUAUUUAUUUUUUAACUGGAUAAUGGUUAAUAUGUCAACGUUGCACAAUGUUGAGCGUUCAUAAAUUAAACCAAGGUAUAGUUAGUAUAAUAAUCAGUAAUUUGCAGUAUAGGCCCCUGGUGUACUUUUAUGUUCAGUGGUCCACUAAUGUGAUGAAUGUGUUGUUUUUUAUCAGUAAAUACAACACAUCAGGGUUUUCCAAACCUUUCCAAUAUUGGAAUAAUAGGAAUUUGGUUCCUCCCCAAGACCCAAACUUACUCAAAUAAAUAAUAAAUCAAGAAAAUGUACCGUGUUUUGCCACAUUAACACAUAAUCUCCAUAACGUCAAUGAACACGAACACAAAAAACAUCCAUUAGUUACAACAAACAAGAAUGUAAAUGUUGUGCCUUUUUUACGAUCAAUAAGACAAUUUAAAGUAUUGUUAUUGCCGAUAGAAAACAUGAAUAAAGUUGGAAAACCCUGUUGAACAAAAGUAUUGGGACAGAAUCCAAUUGUAUGCUUUCGUUGGUCCGUAAAGCAAUGAUUGGAUAAGAUUGGCGUGAACCUUUGGGAUGACCUAGAAUGACAAACAAAACGUUUCCCAGGAAAGUGGUCACUGUUAAAAUUGUAGAUGUAGUAGCCUAGUGUCCCAAUACUUUUGCUCACAUGGUUGUAUUUUUAUUUUUUUUUUAGAUUUUUACUUUUUUUUUUAUAGUGCUUUUCAAGUCACCCAAAGCGCUUCAUCAUGAAGUGAACCCGUUAUUCAUUCACUCCUCAGUCACACACUGGUAGUGGUAAGCUACAUCUGUCUCCACAGCUGCCCUGGGGUAGUCUGACGGUAAUGUGGCUGCCAAUUAUUCACAUUCAUACACCAGUGUGUGGGAGAUAAGUCCAAAUAGUGUUUCGGCAAUGUGUCACUGUGACAUUUUGUAAAUAAUUUUAAUGCAAAGAUACAAAUAUAGUUGUUUCAUUUAUCUGUAUUUUAUUUUACUCCUUAAGAACAAGAUGUUUCCUGAGAUGAGCGCGUGAUGAAAGCUCACCCAACGUAUUUGACAUGUUGUGAUAUACAUCCGUGUCGUUGUGAUGCAGCCAUUAGUUCAUGAGAGUGCCUUUCAUUGUCCCAGCCUGGCUUGUCUGAUGUAAACACACCACUGAAUGUCAACAACAUAAAGCCAACAAUUAUACAUAGAAACUAACUAGCCACAGAAUUAUUGGUGCGCCGGCAUCAUUUAGUGUCAUGCAAUGGAUUCAUCCUUUAGUGCAGCGGUUUUUAUUUAAAGCGUGGGACACAGCAGCUUGAGAAAAAUGAAGAAACACACUUUUUUUUUUUUUUUUU